AUGAAUUUAGAGCUGCUUGAUCCUUGGGAGCAGGAAUAUCCACAAUUAAUUGAAGAUACUUUGGAAGAUGGGUUUGUGUUGAAUUGCAAGUUCAACAAACGCGGCACAUUACUAGCAGCUGGUUGUCUCGAUGGACGUUGUGUAGUAUACGAUUUUGAUACAAAGGGUGUUACUCGCAGUUUACUGGGGCAUGUGAAACCAGUUGCCAGUAUUAGUUGGUCUCAUAAUGGAAGAAGUUUGCUGUCAGCAUCCAAGGAUUGGACCUGUAUAUAUUGGGAUCUUGUCUCGGGAACAAAGAAACUAAAGAUUAGAUUCGACACACCGCUCAUGAUGGCACUUAUGCAUCCAAAGAACAAUAAUCGAUUUGCCGCAGCUCUAUUUCAAGAGAAACCUGUCAUUGUAGAUAUUGUGGGCGAAGAACCUGUAAGAACCGAGUUACCGACAGAGCCAGAUGAUACAGACGAUACAGGAAAAGUAUCAUCCUACGUAACAGCACUAGCAUGGAACAAGGCAGGAAAUCGAAUAUACACUGGGAGUUCAAAGGGCCACCUCAAUAUCAUUGAUGUAGAGACAAACAAGAUCAUAUACAAUACUAGAAUUACAAACACGACUAUUAAAGGGAUACAGUGGAGCAGAAAUGGACGUGAUAUGCUCAUUAAUGCAAAUGACCGACAAAUUCGAUAUUUUCGACUGGAAGAAUCAACGGGCGUCCCGAUAUUACAUAACAAGUUCCAGGAUCUAGUGAAUCGAAUUCAAUGGAGUCAGAGCUGCUUCAGUAGUGAUGGCGAGUUUGUUAUUGGAGGAUCAGGGCAUAAAGCAGAACACAACAUUUAUAUAUGGGACAAGAAUAUGGGCAAUCUCGUUAAAAUUCUGGAAGGACCGAAAGAACCAUUAGAUGAUUUAGCAUGGCAUCCUGUCAGACCUAUUAUAGCUUCAGUCAGUAGUUUCGGCAACAUUUACAUUUGGACAGCUAAACACGAAGAAAAUUGGAGCGCUUUUGCGCCAGAUUUCAUUGAAUUAGAGGAAAAUGUGGAAUACGAGGAAAAGGAAGACGAGUUUGACGUGGUUCCUGAUGAUGAAAAAACAAAGCAAAAGCAAGUGGAUGAGGAUAUUGCCCUCGAUGUGACAACGUGUGAUAGCAUUCAGGCAUUUAUUGACUCUGACGAUGAAGAAGACGGCGACGAAGUAUUCUACCUAUCGUCAUUGCCUUUUGUAGAUGACUACAUUCAAAUCAACAGCUCACAGACUGCACAGACCGAAGAGAAAGUUCCUAAAAAGACACUGCUCAAAAAGAAAAAGAAAGCCUCGUCUGAAAGUGCAGAUGAGAGACCUAGAAAAACAUUCAAAAAGCAAUAA